AUUUGCCUAAAAAUUCCUAAUUUCAUAUUUGUCCCAAAUUAAACCCUAAUUCUCCUUUGUAUCUAACCCUAGCCGCCAUUUGUCCUUCCCCUAUUACACCCACGGCAGAGGAAAACAAAAGAAAAUAAGGAAAGAAAGAAAAAAAGGAGAGAAGAGAAGAGGGAGCCGGCGCGAUGGGUGUCACUGCCACCGCCGCCGCCGCUGCUAAUCGAGAGAAGGGGAGAUCCAAGAGAGAGAGAGAGAGCGUUGGUGGGAGAGGAAGACCGCUGCCACAGCUGCCGCCGUUCGUCCUCCAGCUCGUCGCCACCAUCGCGGAUUGCCACUGACCUCGCGCCCGUCGCUGCCGACCACGAGCCAGAGGAGAAGAAGAACGAUGCUAUUACGCCGUUCCUCGCUGCAGAUGAAGCUCGCCGCCGCAGCUGUUACUAUUCGCGCCGUCGUCGUCGCCGAAGGGAGCCAUCGUCGCUGUCAUCGGAACAGAGGGCGAGAGAGAGACAGAGAGCUCGCGGUGGGGGAAAGGAUAGGCGCCGCCGUGCUGCGUGAAGCUACCGCCGCCGUUCCUGCUGCCGUCCAGCCUCAGUUAGCACCGCCGAAGCUCCUGCCAUCACCGUCGUUGAGGAAGCUCACCGGAGUUGCUGGAGGCUACCGCCGCUCUACCUGGUUCUGUUUUGAGUCGCGCAACCGUGUCCGUGGCCGCCGGAGACCGUAUCUGAAGCCUCUGUCUUAUUGGGUUUUGGUUGUUGCAAGUUACUCGGCUAUACGCUGUUGUCGGAACCAGGCCAGAUUUACCGUGUUACUGCCAUCAGGACAGAUGCAUAGGUCCCUGAUUAUGUUCUUUGCUGCUCCGUCGUUUUGUUUUCUAUAGCUGCAGUCGAGUUUCGGUAAUUGCAUGGUUGGAGUAAAAGUUGUUGUGAAAGUAAACGGAACUGCGGUUGCAGCUGCCGCUGAAUGCGAGCCGAAAGAAAAAGAGUUUAUAUCUCGUAGUUAGAUCGCAAUCGAGGUAGGGGUUUUUCUUAAAAUCUAAUUUACAUUACAGAGUUGUGAUAAAUAGAUAUUGAUGCAAAAAGAUAUAUUUCUGUGAUUAUAUUUGUCUUGUGGAUGUGAUUGCUUGUUGGACUGAAUUAUUGGGUGUUUGAUUGCUUGAGUGAAGUAUGGUUGUUGAUAAGAAAUGGAUUUGGAAAAGUCAUUUACUUGAUUAUUAUAAAAAGUGGUUUUUCUUGAAUUGAAGUUAAAGGGGUUUGAUUUUGACUUUAUAAAUAAUUUUGGAAAGUGAUUGCGAUUUGGAAUUGGUUGAGAAAGGAUUUGAGAAAUGUCUGAAACAAUUCAAAGGAAUUUGAAUGAAAUUGAGAAUUUGAGUUGAAACAUGAAGGUAUCUGGUGAAGAAGAAGGUAGGGGAAGAAGCGGAGGAUAAUGGCCAGGAGGAAGAAGGCAACAAGUAGUUAAAAUUAGGGUUUAGUUCUCAAAUUUUAUAUGGGGAGAAUUUUAAAAUAUCAAAAGAUUUGUAUCUUUUGAUGUAAUUUUUAAUAAAUUUAAAUAAAUUAAAUAUAAACCAUUAGAUCGUUUAUCAAU